AUGGAUGAUCCUUUAAAACCCAAACCAGUACCCCUGGCAGCGGAAACUGUUUUAUGGUUUGAAUUUCUCUUAGAUCCCGAAUUAAUAACAAAACAUUUGAGGAAACCCAGUCCAGAUCCCUCAGCCUUGGAAUUGCUGACACAAUUUAUAUCCACAACCCAUGAUAUUGUUGCUGUACCACAAUUUGAUUUAACCGCUCCGGAGCCCAAUGUCAUACCGGGAGCCCCAGCCAUUGUGGGGCAACAACCACAACAAAAUGUUGAAGGUUUACGUUUAAGUCGCAAACAAAUGGCUUUGAAAGUGUUGGCAUUGAAAGUGGCCACAUGGCUUAAAUGGAAUCUGGAUCUACUGGAGAAAAAUCUCUCCAUACCAAAGCAAUUGUUUUUAUUGCGCGAUUUGUGUACCAUUAGUUUUGGCAAAUGUGUUGGCAUACCAUUGAAUAAUGAAUUUCAGGCGACCAUAACUGCCGAUGGCAAUGAAAAGGCCGCCAAAUUUGCCCUAACCUUCUAUCAUCGUUGGGUGUUGCGUUUACAGAUUUUAAAAGACAUAGCUAUGAAGGCGGCCCGACCCACUGGCAUGGGAAGUAUGUUCGUUCCCAUGGAACCAAUGCAUCAAUUUUUCGCCCCUGACAUUUCGCCACAACCCAGCAUUGAAUUCCUGCAGGAGUUGUGUAAAUCAUCGGAACCCUUUUAUGUUUUUGCCUAUGAAACAUUUAAACCACCCCAUCCUAAUGAUGAACAAAAUGUACCACAACAAUUUGAUACGAUGAUACAAAUAUCACCCGCCGAAUUAAGAACACAAGUAUAUUUCGACCUGGUCAAUUUCUACCUCUACACCAAACAAUAUCAAUUGGCCCGGGAGGCAGUUAACGAAUGUCGUCGUUAUUUGAAUAUGACCAAGGCGGAAUAUGAAAUCGUCGGGAAAGAUCCCAAACAAUUUGUAUUCUGCCAUGUCAUAGAAGAUGAAUUGGAGGGAUAUUUAUUGGCAUGUGGUCUCAGCGCCCAUUCGCAGACAUUAACAGAACGUUUUAAUAUGUCCCAACUGAUGCAGUAUAAGGAUAUUAUAGAGAUUUUGAAGCUUGACAAUCGCACCCGGGAACUUUCCUUGGUAAAUCGACGUAUUGUGGAGCUUGACAUUGAGGGAGCCAUUUCACAGGGUAUCCUAAAAGAGCCCCGGCAAUUGGAAAUGCAAGUUGCUGCCCUCAAUGUAAUACGCAGUAUAUUCGAUGAGGGCAAUAUAUUUGCCAGUGUGGAUUAUUUUGAGAAGUAUGCUCAGCUGGGAUGUUUUCAGGCUUUAACUGAGGGCAUUGCAGACAUCUUACCCCAUUGCUCAUUGAGCGAACGUAAUCUUCUCAAACAAUUUGUGAUUGAAACAAUUAUUAAACAUGCCAAUAAACAAUGGCUGCAGGAGGCCCAACCCUUGAACUUAUUUUCACCUAUUGAAUUGCAAGAUUUGGAGCAGCAAAUACAAGAGGAAGAACUGCCGCAACCACCCUUGGCUUUGCUGCAUGAAUGGAAAUUCAAUUCGAAAAUGUUGCGCAUAGAAAUUGGUUCAUUGGAAAGGCAAUUGAUUUCGUGUACCAAUGCCAAUACGGUACGAAAACUCUUGGUUAAAUUGGCUGCAACAAAUCCCACCAAACCCCUAUGGACGGUAAAUCCCAGCUGGGAAAUUGCCACACCCAUAAAAUCUUUGCUGAUGUCCAUGCAAAGGGGAUUCCUUCAGGAUUUUGCCUAUGUGCUAUUGGGCAAGGCCCGUGAAAUGACCGCCAAGGGGGAUUACAUUGGUGCUGUUUCCAUGUUGAGUGUAUUAAAAUCCGAAACCCAACGGCCAGAGUUACAAAACUCUUCGAUAAUUUCCAAAUUGGGUAAAUUGGUCAGUUGGGAAAUUUUGUUAAUACAAAUCACCCAAUGUUUGGAUGAAUGGAAUCACAAGACUUUGGAUUUACAAUCGCUGGGCAAUCGUUGUAAACAGUGUUUGAGUUCGUUGCAAACAAAUGAUAAUAUUAUACCACGCAUAGAGAUCAUUGAAAGCUGUGCCAUCAUGCUACUCAAUCUCAACGAUUGGAAUUCUGUUAUCAUGUUGGAUAAACGUUUGCCACAAUUAGAAUUGGCCAUAUCGUUUGCCAAUACAUUUUUGGAUAUGGAAAAAAUGAAAGGACCCAAAAAGAUAUGUCGUGAUGCCUGGGAUUUGGUUCUGUCAAUGUUUCUCAAUACUUCAUCAAAAAGGGGUGGAAGUGCCGGUGCAUCCGGCUCAGGUGGUGGUAGUUCUCGCAAUUCUCCCUGCUUGGCCGUCUCCACCGGACUCUAUCCAUUCCUUAAACGUAUCCGCCAUCAAAUGUUAUUCAAUUUAACAAUUUCCAUGUUGGGUAAAAUCCAUAACAUACUUAAAGAUGAUCCAAAUCAUGACCUAAAUGGUGAAUAUAUGCAAUUGUGGCCAACAAGUAUAAGCAAUCCCAUGGGCUACAGCAUACGAUCGGUAUGUGAAACUUUACAUUGGCUACUAACGGAGGCUUUGAAAUUUUAUCCUCAAACGAUUUCAUGGCUUAAAAUGAAGGGUGAUUUGGAAUUAGCUAUUGGCAAUAAUGAAGCAGCCAUGCGUUGUUAUAUAAAUGCCCUGGUCACUGGCACAGAUUAUUGUAAUGUACCACUGCUACGUAAUGUAGCCGAUGAUUAUAUUAUUAGGAAAAUGAUACGUUGUUCUUCCAACCUCGGCUGUCAUAUGCAAGCCACCGUUUUGUGUCAGUUUUUGGAAGAAAUCGAUUAUGGUAUUGUCUUUAAAAAUCUUACCGAGAAAACAUCAAAUUAUACCGAUGCCAUGGAUGCCUACUACAGCUGUAUAUGGGAUACAACACUAUUGGAAUUUAUCAUAAAUUUACAUGCCAAAAAGGGUGAACAUAGUCGAAAACUAGAAGCGGUGGGUUUAAUGGGAUCUUUAUUUUUUUUUUAA